CAGGAACAACCUUCUUCAUUCUUCUCCUGGCUUACCCUUAAAUCUUCCAGAACUCAGCUCUGGUGUCCUCCAGAACUGGCUCCAGGACAUGAUUCUGUCUUUUAUCCCCAGAACCUCAGCGUCUGAAGGCUUCGUUGGGUAGCUCGGCUCUGCCGGGCCUGCUUUCAGCGGACGGACCAGCGGAUUUCCAGCAGGGGGCGCGAGAGACUCCACAACAUUUCACUUUGUCCACCUGGGGGCGCUGCCACCCGCCUCUGGUCGUCCGGAGAGGACAGCCCGACCCCCGGAUGAGCCCCGCCUGAUUGGGAGAGGCAUAGUGAAACUAUUUGCAUAAUCUUGAAAGGGCCGCGCUAAGUGGUUGGGAUAUUGAAGCUGUAUGUGAAACGGGCUCUCUCAUUGGCUUAAAAUUUCCCCUCGCUUUGCGUGCGCAUCGCCGCCAGACUGGACUCGGAGGUCAGUCUGAAGCCGCAGGCAAGUGGCGAGAGACGACCCAGGUGUCCAGGGAGUGGGCGCCGUGGGGCGAGUGCCGGGCCGGGGUGCGGGGGGCCAGAAUAGGAGACUAUUCGCCCCUCACUGACUCCACCUCGCUUGGCAUUGGUCUGUCUGGUAGUUGGACAUAGGCAUCUAGAAAGGCGCAUCUGGAGACAUAUCUGGCACUAGGACCCCCUGCCACCUGCAUCUCCACCCAACCACCGAGGUCCUGGUAACCGUGGCCCCAUCCACGCUGCCUUGAGUAGGGCCCCAGGCUCGGAGCAGCAUGGGCACCGAGAAUGAAAGCCCAGAGCCAGAUUGCCAGAAACAAUUCCAGGCUGCAGUCAGCGUCAUUCAGAACCUGCCUAAGAACGGCUCUUACCGCCCCUCGUACGAAGAGAUGCUGCGAUUCUACAGCUACUACAAGCAGGCUACCAUGGGGCCCUGCCUGGUCCCCCGGCCUGGGUUCUGGGACCCCAUUGGACGAUAUAAGUGGUGAGCUCCCCACUGGCGGGCAAACAAGCCUCAGCUGUCAACCAGCCCUCUCACAGCCCUCUGCCCCCAGGGACGCCUGGAACAGCCUGGGCAAGAUGAGCAGGGAGGAGGCUAUGACCGCCUACAUCACUGAGAUGAAACUGGUGGCACAGAAGGUGAUCGACACAGUACCCUUGGGUGAGGUGGCAGAGGACAUGUUUGAUUACUUCGAGCCCCUGUACCGGGUGAUUCCUGACAUGCCAAGGCCCCCUGAAGCCUUCCUGAGAAGGGUCACAGGUUGGAAAGGGCAGGUACUGAAUGGAGAUGUUCAGGCUGUCCCAGAGCCUCCCUCCCUUCCCAAGGAGCCAGCACCCCCAAGCCCAGAGUCCCAGCCACCCAGGGACCUGGACUCUGAGGUUUUCUGUGAUUCCCUGGAGCAGCUGGAGUCUGAGCUGAUCUGUGACUCACUGCAGCAGGUUUGGACAGAGCAGAGUGGAGCACCUAGAGGAGAGUCUGACACCAGAAACAGCCCUGUGUCCUCCAGAGAGAAAGGGGCCGCAGCCCAGUGCUCGGCCUUGGCCCCUCAGGCUCUCCGGUCCCACGCUGCUCUUCUUCUUCCUGUGGCCCUUCUUCGUCCAGUGGCUCUUCCGACAGUUUCGGACUCAGAAGAGGCUCCGCUCCCGGGCAAGUUAGGACUUGGGCCGGGGCCUGGAAGCGUGGUUGGCUGGGAGGCCAGGAGGGAGGCCAGGAGGCCCGGACACCGCGGGAGGAGUGAGCAGGCCCCGGCGGCAGGGGGUGAGCGCCGAUUUCGCUCGCUUCCCUCCCCAGUCGCCCGUCGUCCCCCCCGCACGCUCAGGACGUCUUCGCUGAAGAUUCACUUACAAAUGAAUGUUUCACUAAAUAAAAGAAAACCUUAAUCUGC